AUGGGAAACACAACAAGUGCGGUCCUGGACCAAAUUGUCCAGACCACCAACUUCGAUCGCGAUGAGGUGGAGCGCCUACGAAAGCGGUUUAUGAAGCUGGACAAGGACAACUCCGGAACGAUAGAGCGCGACGAGUUUCUGAGCCUGCCACAGAUCGCCUCGAAUCCACUAGCAACAAGGAUGAUCGCCAUCUUCGACGAGGACGGUGGAGGCACAGUCGAUUUCCAGGAGUUUGUUGCCGGCCUAAGCGCGUUCUCUUCCAAGGGCAACAAGGAGCAGAAGCUGCGAUUUGCGUUCAAGGUCUACGACAUUGACCGCGAUGGUUAUAUCAGCAACGGUGAGCUGUUCGUGGUGCUCAAGAUGAUGGUCGGCAACAACCUCAAAGACCAGCAGCUGCAGCAGAUUGUCGACAAGACGAUCAUGGAGGCCGAUCUCGACCAGGACGGCAAGAUCAGCUUCGAGGAGUUCACCAAAAUGGUCGAGAACACGGACGUCAGCAUAAGCAUGACGCUUGACCAGUUUUAA